AUGUUACGUUUCGUCGGGCGUGGGAGAUCGAUGUGCCUAGAUUGCCUCGACAAAUGCCUCGAAACGUUCAACGGACGUGUACGUGAAUCGUCUGGACUGGCGGCGAUCUCGCGGAUCAGCUCGAAAUGCGACGCCUCGAGGUGUUUGAUCGAUUCGAGCGUGGGGAAGCGAUUGAUUGGCCGUUGUUUGUCGUCGACGACGUCGGAGCCAAGGAAGACCUGUUUGUACGAUCUUCACGUGGAGAACGGAGGGAAAAUAGUCAACUUUUCCGGAUGGCUACUGCCAGUUCAGUAUCAGGAGGCUAUAGCAGCCUCCCAUCAGCAUACACGAACGUACGCGUCGCUGUUCGAUGUGGGACACAUGAUGCAAACGCGUGUUUCUGGCAGCGAUGCAACAUUUUUUUUGGAAUCUCUAACUACCAGCGAUCUGAGGAACUUAAAAAAAGGCAACUCGGUUUUGACAGUGUUCACAAACGAGAACGGAGGAAUUCUGGAUGAUUUGAUCAUUACGAAGGAUGGCGAUGAUAGGUAUUUCGUGGUGUCUAAUGCUGGGAGAAGAAACGAAGACUCUCAGACCCUGAUCCAAAGACAGGAACAUUUUAAAUCCCAAGGGAAGUCGGUCGAUCUGGAGUUCUUAGACCCUCUGGAACAAGGUCUGGUAGCCUUGCAAGGACCCACAGCAGCGACUAUUCUCCAACCGUUAGUGAAGAUCAAUCUUAAAGACUUGAGAUUCAUGAACAGCGUGGAAACUGAGGUGUUAGGAAGUCGAAUCAGAGUGUCCCGGUGUGGUUACACAGGAGAAGAUGGUUUCGAGAUAUCUAUGCCGGUUAAGAUUGCUAACAGCGUGGUUCAGACGAUCUUGGAAAAGCCUGACACGAAGUUAGCUGGUUUGGGGGCCAGAGAUAGUUUAAGACUGGAGGCUGGUUUGUGUUUGUACGGACACGAUAUCGACGAGCAGACCACUCCUGUUGAAGCUGGGCUUACUUGGCUAGUGGCUAAAAGGAGAAGAGCAGAGGAAAACUUUCCCGGUGCUAAGAGGAUACUGUCACAAAUAAAAUCAGGCAGCAACAAAAAACGAAUCGGUUUGAUGUUGGGCAACGGGCCACCAGCCAGAGAAGGAGCGGCCAUAUUAACGCCGGAAGGAGAACGCGUGGGCAAAGUGACAUCCGGUGGACCGAGUCCAACCCUUGGACGACCGAUCGCGAUGGGAUACGUGCCCCCAGAACUGGCUCAAUGCGGUGGAGGUGUGUUGGUUGAAGUUCGAGGGAAAACGUACAAAGCUACCGUGACGAAGAUGCCUUUCGUGAAGACAAACUAUUACACGGCUAAAUGA